UGACCUGUCUUGUGAUAGCAGGCUCGAUUGUGAAGCUUGACUCGCUGUUGUGAGCUGAACUUACUUCGAUACGUUUCUUGUUUCGAAAUGAAUUAAGUCGUUUUAUUUCAACGGCAAACACUUCGAUUACAUUCGACAUUCGGUGAUUAAGUGAGCAGACGUCUCGCGGGCUUAAAGAGGGCUACGCCUACUUUUUAAAUGAACUGCUCACGUGAAUUUUAGGAUGAAUGGAUGCAUUAGCUGACAUCGACUUUUCCACCAAUUUUGGUUGUAAUUGACUUAGAUCGCGUAUAUUUGUUGGUUUUAUUUGAGUAACAAUUCAUAAUGACAAGCCAAGGUUUGCCAAAAAUUAGUAAUGAAGAGAAGGAGAGCAAAUUUGGCUAUGUAUAUGCUGUGUCUGGUCCUGUGGUGACUGCGGAAAGAAUGUCAGGAUCAGCUAUGUAUGAGUUGGUCAGAGUAGGAUAUUAUGAAUUAGUUGGAGAAAUUAUUCGUUUAGAAGGAGACAUGGCUACUAUUCAAGUAUAUGAAGAAACCAGUGGUGUAACUGUAGGUGAUCCUGUCUUACGUACUGGAAAGCCAUUGUCCGUAGAACUUGGUCCUGGUAUUCUUGGCAGUAUCUUUGAUGGUAUACAAAGACCACUGAAGGACAUCAAUGAAUUAACAAGUUCCAUUUACAUCCCAAAGGGUAUUAAUAUACCAGCUCUAUCAAAAUCUACUGUUUGGGAAUAUAAUCCUUCUAACAUCAAGAAUGGUAGUCACAUUACCGGUGGAGAUUUGUUUGGUGUGGUUUAUGAGAACACAUUAGUAAAGCAUAAAAUGAUUUUACCCCCUAAAAGUAAAGGAACUGUUACUUAUGUUGCACCUCCUGGCAACUAUACAGUAUCUGAUGUUAUUUUGGAAACAGAAUUUGAUGGUGAAAGACAAAAGUAUACUAUGCUUCAGGUAUGGCCUGUACGUCAACCUCGCCCAGUUACUGAAAAGUUGCCAGCUAAUCACCCUUUGCUUACUGGCCAACGAGUUCUAGAUUCGCUUUUCCCAUGUGUUCAAGGUGGCACUACAGCAAUUCCGGGUGCUUUUGGUUGUGGUAAAACUGUAAUCUCGCAAGCUUUGUCAAAGUAUUCAAAUUCUGAUGUUAUCAUUUAUGUUGGUUGCGGAGAACGUGGUAAUGAGAUGUCUGAAGUAUUGCGAGAUUUUCCUAAAUUAACAGUAGAAAUUGACGGAGUCACUGAGUCCAUUAUGAAGCGUACAGCUUUAGUUGCUAAUACUUCGAACAUGCCUGUAGCUGCUCGUGAAGCAUCUAUUUACACGGGUAUUACCCUAUCAGAAUACUUUAGAGAUAUGGGUUAUAAUGUGUCUAUGAUGGCUGAUUCAACAUCUCGUUGGGCAGAAGCCCUCCGUGAAAUUUCUGGUCGAUUGGCUGAAAUGCCUGCUGACUCCGGUUAUCCUGCCUAUCUUGGAGCUCGUUUGGCUAGCUUUUAUGAACGUGCAGGAAGAGUAAAAUGUUUAGGUAAUCCCGAUCGCGAAGGCUCUGUCAGUAUAGUGGGUGCUGUAUCACCACCAGGUGGUGAUUUCUCUGAUCCUGUUACAAGUGCAACUCUGGGUAUUGUGCAGGUAUUCUGGGGUCUCGACAAGAAACUUGCACAACGUAAACACUUCCCAUCCAUUAAUUGGCUUAUUUCAUACAGUAAAUAUCUCCGAGCUUUAGAUGAUUUCUACGAUAAAAAUUUUCCGGAAUUCGUCCCUUUAAGAACAAAAGUGAAGGAAAUCUUACAGGAGGAAGAAGAUCUAUCAGAAAUUGUACAGUUAGUCGGUAAAGCUUCUCUUGCGGAAACGGAUAAAAUUACUUUAGAGGUUGCGAAACUUCUGAAAGAUGAUUUCUUACAACAAAACAGCUAUUCGCCAUAUGAUCGUUUCUGUCCAUUUUAUAAAACUGUCGGAAUGUUACGAAAUAUGAUUGCAUUCUAUGAUAUGGCAAGGCAUGCAGUUGAAUCUACAGCACAAUCAGACAAUAAAAUAACGUGGAAUGUCAUUAGGGAUAGCAUGUACAAUAUUCUCUAUCAAUUGAGUUCUAUGAAAUUCAAGGAUCCAGUUCAAGAUGGCGAAGCAAAAAUCAGAGCCGACUUCGAUCAGUUACACGAAGAUAUUCAACAGGCAUUUAGAAAUUUAGAAGAUUAAUUAUCAGAAGCAUUCAUACAAACAUAAGUUCUCUAUGUUCAGGAACUUUGUGCUGGUCAUUUAAGGAUGUCCUGGACCUACUGGAGAAAAAUAUAACGACAUUCGUAAUCACGUAUUAAACACAUUAAAUUGUUAUAUUAGUUUCAAUAAUUGCAGGAAAAUUGUAUAUAAAAAAAGAAAGAGUUACAAAUAUAAAAGAUACUAUAAUU